GCCGACCAGCAGGAGUGCAGGGCCAGGCAGGGCUGGCGGCACAGGGGUCCUGGGGGUCAUGCGGGGGGCCGGGGCUGCUCGCUUCUGGCCUGGGCCAAAGCUCGAGCUGCAGCUUUUGCUGUUCCUGCUGAUCCCCCGAGCUCGUCCCCAGGGCAGCCCUGGGCCACUGCAGUGCCACGGAGUUGAACCAUUGGGGAACUUGAACUGCUCGUGGGAACCUCUUGGGGACCUGGGAGCCCCCUCUGUGCUGCACCUUCAGAGCCAGAAAUAUCAUCCCAACAGAACCCAGACCGUGGCGGUGCCAGCAGGGCAGAGCUGGGUGACAGUCCCUCGCGAGCAGUUCACCGUGUCUGACGAAGUCCUCGUCUGGGGGACCAAGGCAGGCCAGCGCCUCUGGCCCCCCAUCUUCGUAAACCUGGAGACCCGAAUGAAGCCCAGCGCGCCCCGGCUGCGUCCCGAGGUGGACUUCUCGGAGGAUGAGCCCCUGGAGGCCACGGUGCAGUGGGAGCCACCCAGGUGGCCAUCUCAUAAGGUCCUCAUCUGCCGGUUCUACUAUCGCAGAUGCCAGGAGAGGGCCUGGAUCCUGCUGGAGCCAGAGCUGAAGACCGUACCGCUGAGCCCGGUCGAGAUCCCAGACCUGGAGCUAGCCACCGGCUACGAGGUGUCCGGCCGCUGCCGGGUGGACGAAGAAGAGGAUCUGUGGGGCGAGAGGAGCCCGGCUCUGUCCUUCCAGACGCUGCCCUCUGCUCCAAAAGACGUGUGGGUGUCAGGGACCGUCUGCGGGUCGCCGAGCAGACAGGAGCUCCUUCUUCUGUGGAAGGCCCCCAGGCCUUGUGUGCAGGUGAGCUACAGACUGUGGUUCUGGGUUGGAGAGAAGAUUCUGAUUCAGGAAGGGAUCCCCUGUUGCAAGUCCUCCGUUCCACCCUGGGCAGAGUGGGCAGGGGUAUCGGCUGUCAACGCCACCAGCUGGGAGACACUCACUAACUUCUCUCUGGUCUGCUUGGCUCCAGACUCUGCCCCCCGAGAUGUGGUGGUCAGCGGCAUCACUGGGAGCACAGAGCUGCUGGUGACCUGGCAACCAGGGAACGGAGAACCGUUGGAGUACGUGGUCGACUGGGCUCAAGAUGGGGACCCUCUAGAAGACCUCAAUUGGGUCCGGCUCUCCCCUGGGAACCUUAGUGCUUUCUUACCAGGGACCUUCAAAGGAGGGGUCCCCUAUCGAGUCACAGUGACGGCGGUCUCUCCCGGGGGCUUGGCCCCUGCCCCCUCCGUCUGGGGUUUCCGAGAGGAACUAGCACCCCUAGCAGGGCCAACGAUUUGGCGACUCCAGGACGACCCCCCAGGGACUCCCGCCGUCGCUUGGGGAGAGGUCCCGAGACUCCAGCUCCAGGGCCACCUAACUCACUACACGCUGUGUGCGAGAAGCGGCGCCAGCCCCUCCGUCUGCAUCAAUGUCAGCAGCAGCACCCGGCUCAUCACUCUGCCCGACCUUCACUGCAGUCCCUGUGAGCUGUGGGUGACCGCCUCCACCAUUGCAGGACAGGGCCCACCUGGCCCCAGCCUCUGGCUUCACCUACCAGAUAACACGGUGCGGUGGAAAGUUCUGCCGGGUGUCCUGGCCCUGUGGGGACUGCUCCUGAUGGGCUGCGGCCUGAGCCUCGCCGUGGCUGGAAGGUGCCUCCACCUGCAACACAAGGUGUUGCCCCGCUGGGUCUGGGAGAAGGUUCCAGAUCCUGCCAACAGCAACUCUGGGUGGACCCAGGUAGAGGAGGUGUGCCGGGCCCCUCCUCUGACUGACUCACCCAUCCUGAAGAUAGAGGAGAUGGAGCCGCCGCCAUUUCCGGAGCCCCCCCAGGUCUCCACCCCACUUCACUCUGGGUAUGAGAAACAUUUCCUGCCCACACCAGAGGAACUGGGCCUUCUGAGGCCCCCCAGGCAAGAUCUGGUCUGAACCUUGCCCCGAGCUGGGGGCCUCAGGACAGGCUAGAAGGGUGCUCAUGGAUGCUGCUCCCAGCCCUGGGAUAGCCCUCCUGACAGAUGAAGACACCGAGGCUCAGAGAGGCUGAGGCACUUGCUGAGGACACCCACUGAGGUUGAAGGACCCCUUCAGAGAAGGACCCCGCCCCAGUAGGGAAUGGAUGAAAUCCGAGAGUGACAGCUACCUCUGGAAAUGUCCUGCUAGAACAGAAGUGCAUCGGGGCCCAAUCCCAGCUCCUAGCUCCCUUGCAGCUAGGUCAGCCAUGGGCUGAGUUCUUGACAACAGCAUGCGGGCAGAAGGAACCUGAGCAGAAGUGACCUGUGCCAACAUCAGUGUGGGUGAGCCUUCAAACAUUGGUGGAGGCUCUUCUCUGCGCCUGCUCCCUUUUCUGUGAGUUGGCACAUACACUUGCUUGGGCCAUACCCCAGGGGAAGGUGAGGAAAGAAAUGGAAAGGAAACUGAAUCCCUGAGUAACUGUGUGGAUCAGAGCCUGAAUCCCUGAGGGACCGCAUGGAUCAGCGCCAAAAUAAACUUUUAUGUUUUAAUAGCUA